AUGAAUGCAAAGUUUGGAAAAUUAGUAGCUGGUGGCAAUGGACAAGGUUCUCGUCUUAAACAACUCAGUCAUCCGACAUAUAUUUCUGUUGGAGAUGAUUACUCCGUCUAUGUAUCGGAUUCUUGGAAUGAUCGCGUAAUAACAUGGAAGAAAAAUGCGAAAGAAGGCAUUAUUGUGGCUGAUGGUAAAGGAAAAGGAAAAGAUCGAACACAGUUGGAUUAUCCUGCAGGAGUACUUGUCGAUCAACUAGGUACGAUUUACGUAGCUGAUCAUUGGAAUCAUGGGCUAAUGCGCUGGCGCAAAGGCAAAGAACCCGAUAUUAUCGCUGGCGAUUGUUUCCUUCCAGGAAAUAAUGCACAUCAACUAAUCUGCCCUGAAAGUUUAGUAUUCGAUCACAAAGGCAACUUUUAUGUAGCCGAUUCAAACAAUCAUCGUAUCCAACAAUUUAAAAUUCGAAAAACUUAA